AAGAAGACGAGAAGAAAACUGCUUUAGCACAUCACUGAAGCCGUUAGUUAUUGACUUGUUUGUUCAAUUUUCGUUUUUUUCCUCCUCAUCCUUAAGGUCAGUUUCAGCUGAGAGGAGAGCAGUCACGUGAAUGAGCCUGAGGUGUUCAGUUUAAGGUGUUUCAGGGGUGAAUUCGUCUAAAGCUUCAUCAGAGGCACAUAAAGGCCGAAUAUUGUGCUAGUUAACCCCCAAAAAAUCAAAAUACUUCAGUUAGCUUUAGGGUAGGCGUCAACAUUUUAAAUGAAGAUAAUAAAAAGAGAAUCUUUUCUUGUAGAACGACCAUAAAUUGUCUCCGCACCUCAUAAACAGUUUAGCUCUUUAAUUCGUAGUUUUAUUAUUUGGUUUUGGGUUCUUUUCAUAAUUAUUUCGUUGAACUUCUUCGAGCGUUAUAAAGUUUAAAUCCGUCAUUGUGGAAUUAAAGAGGAACUGUCUGAGCCGAGUCGUUGUUUAGCGGGAGCGUCUUUCCCGGUGCACCCUGGCUCUUCCCGGCUUCGAUGACAUCUAUCUGUCAAAAGAAGAAACCCAGUUUGUGGAUGCUGUCAUGGAGGAGCUGGAAACGUAUCAGGCGAAAAGCAGCCCCAAAGGCGUGCUCCUGUUCCCGCCGUUACCCAGCAGACUGCGGUUCCUGAUUCACAAAACCGCAGAGGAACUGUCGCACCUGACCACCUUUUCUGUGGGGGAGAGUUGUUUUCGUCGGGUGGUGGUCUGCUCCUCUGAACUCAGAAAAAUGGAGGUGGAUGAAGAUUCAGAUUCUGAUCAUGAAGACGGCAUGUGUGAAAAGCCGCCACGUUUUCACAGGCAGAAGGAAGAGCGCACAAAGGUCAGACCUUCAGUCCCGGCACAAAGCCGGACUCCUAAAAGGCCCGACCAGCCUCUCUACAUGCCACGAGCUGCUCGGCACAGACUCUCACUGCAGAGCUCACCUGCAGGAAGGAAAGAGUCACAAAGUUCUGCUCGUCAUCCAGUCUCCGUCAGCGGUCCUUCUCAGUCGGGUUACGAUCACGAGGCUGCAGAAAGUGAUGCUGACACUUCAGGAAACAACUCUGCAUCAUGUCCUCAGCAGGAGAGACCACCCUCAGAGCUGAGUGUCUGUCACAGGGAGGAUCCGGUCCUGGAACAGACUCAGUCCUGCUUAUCUGAGCUCAGCUUGGAGCAGAGAGAAGAUGCUGAGACAGAGAGCUCAGAUCAGAGCAGAGAGAUGGAUUACCUCACUAAACUGAUCAAAGCCCAUCUAAAGGAAGCAGACUGUGUCUCCGUCGAUCACGCUCACAAUGACUACUCUGCCUACGAGAACCUCUUCUGCUCCGAUAACUUUCGCCACGUAAUCGAGAUCUACAACUUCCCCGUAGCGUUCCAGACUCAGGACCUUCUGGAUGCUUUCACAGAAUACAGUUCUGGGGGAAUGAAGAUCAAGUGGGUGGACGACACUCACGCUCUGGGAGUUUUCUCCAGUGAGGAGGCAGCACAACAUGCCGUCUCCAUCAGCCACUCAACGCUGAAGGCCCGAGCUCUCUCUGACGGCAGCAGGAAAGCUCAAAGGACAGCCGUCAGACACCUGGAGUUUCUCCAGCCGGUGAAGGAACGCCCCAAAACCGACUCUGCCGUCGCCAGGCGGAUGGUGACCAGAGCUUUGGGGGUGCCGAGCCGAGACCGAGUGCGGCGGUUCUGACGUGAAACUGGUCUGACCCCCAAACCCAGUAGGAAUCAUGACACGCCCUCAGAAGAAAGUGACAGAAAUCACAGCUCCAUGCUGCUGGAGACCCUUCAGGCAGUAAACCCAGCAGGAUCUGCGGUGCUGUUUGUCACGAGAGCUCGCCCGACCUCACGCUGACGACACAAACCUCACAGACGCUCUGGUUCUGUCGGCUCACUGGGUUUUUGGCAUGUUUACCAUAAAACAAACAUUUCCAGAUGAUUUUGAAUAUGUUUCUAUAUGAUAGAUAGUGGAUGGAUGAAUUUACAUAUCUAUAAAUAAAGAUCAUGUUUAAGUUUG